AUGUUGUUACGUAACCUUCAAAAUAUGGGCUGUGAGCGUUCCUUGUCGGUUCAAGACAAGGCUUGCCCAGAUGUGCUGGAAGGCAAAGACGUCUUGGUAGGAACGUAUACCGGAAGUGGAAAGACGUUGGCUUUUUUGGCGCCAUUGGCGCAACGCAUCUUAAACGAUGAUGGUCCGGACGGUAGUCUUCGGGUACUCGUUGUGGCACCAGGACGGGAAUUGGCGAGUCAAAUUAUCAGUGUUGCUCGGAGUUUAUUAGAGGGGACGAGUAUCACGACGAUGCUGGCUAUUGGUGGUACCACGUUUGGGCGUAAUUUGGAGCAGAUUCGCAAGCGGAAACCAUCUAUUUUGAUUGGGACGCCGGGACGGAUCGCGGAACUGGUGGUUGGUCAACCCGGUGACCGUACCGGAAGGCUAAAGACGCAAAAGCUUCAAAGUUUAGUUUUAGAUGAAUUCGAU